CGAAUGUAACCAAUUGUCAGUGGCAAAUUGUUUUACGGCCAAGGAUGCUCAUGCUUUCUAUGGCAUAUAACAUUAUUGUUGGCUCUGGUCAAUCGUUCAGUGCCCAGCGUGUUUUUACUUUACUUCAGAGCAGAUUGAGUUUUGGGUGCACAUUAAUUGUUGAUAUUGCCCGCUGAUUUUAUUUUCGUUUGCUUAAGGCAGCAUUAAUGGAUUACAACCAUUGCGUAGUCUUUCCUUUCAUUUUGGUGCUGAUUUAUUCUGCCCAAAGUUUCGCGGAUCUAUGCCCACCGGCGGCUUCCCUAGCUCCGGCGUGUUCUUGUGCGACUGCGGCUGAAGGGAUAGCAAUAUCAUGCAGAGCGGUGCGAGAUGUGACAGACCUGCAAGCCGCAAUACGUUUGGUCAGCAGUCCAGUUUCGGAAAUUUCUAUCAGUGAUAGCCCGCAAAUGAAAAAUUUUGCUUUGGAAUCACUGGAAGAGAUUCCCAUAUUGCGAGACAUACAGAGUUUGAUGUUAUUCCGUGUGAUGAUUAAUUUCCCAUCGGCAACACGCCCUGUGGAGUUUCCAAAAUUACGCCUGCUCAACAUCAGCAAAAACGGAAUACGUGACAUUCCCUCCACGUUACUAUCAAAUCUGACGGAGCUGACUUAUUUAAACCUUUCUCACAAUGCCUUGACUGCGGUACUGCCAAGCCACUUCGAGAAUCUGAAACGACUGGAAAGCCUGGAUCUUACCAAUAAUAAACUGAAUUACCUUCCACCUCUGACAUUUCAAGGGCUGGCUAAACUGAAAAGUUUGAAACUUGGGAGAAAUGCGCUGCGAGACUUGUCGGCUGACAUGUUUAAAGGACUUAAAGUUUUGGAGGAACUGGAUUUAUCUCAGAAUGUCAUCCGUUACCUUCCACGAGAUCUGAUCAGCGAGUUUAAAGAUUUGAAGUUUCUGAAUCUGCAUCGCAACUGGAUUAUCGACAUUCCCGGCAACACAUUCGCCAACUUGACUCAACUGGAGAAACUUGUCCUUUCCGGUAAUGGGCUGAAAUACUUGUCAGGGGAUAGCUUUAAGGGACUGGAUUUCUUAACCAGCCUGGAUUUAUCCAACAACGGGCUAGAAUAUAUACCUGAUGGUCUUCUCGACAAUCUUAAGGAACUGGAAGUGCUGAACGUGAGCUUUAACCGAAUCAAGAGCAUGCCGGUGAAUUUGAUGAAGAAUUUAAAAUCUCUUCGAAGAUUGGAUAUUCGGAGAACGUUGAUAACCUUUGUGCCGGGUGACAUUUACGGAUUGGUCAGUCCCCAAUCGAACGUGCGCGUCUUACAACUGCUAAGCUGAUUACAUGCGCUUUGCCAACUAUACGGAUUUUUAUUUCCUGCCUGCUAACCUACUGCUCUACAGUUGCGAAUUUAUUUUUUGUUUUAAAAUGUUCAUUUUAUUUGUUGUUGAUUUUGUUUCGAGUGGUGGAUUCUCCAUUAAUUUACGUGGCAGACAUUGUUACGACUUGUAAUUGCAGUUAUAAAUUCGUUUUUGACUGUCGUAAGAACUGCAGAAUUGUAACUCGGUGAGUGCGUUAAUU